AUGGACCGUGGCAGAGGCGUUGAACGAGGCCGAGGAAGGGGUGCAGGCGGCGCUGGGCGCGGCAGCCCCACUGGCCGCGGAAGUCCGGGAGACAGAGGACGUGGCGCACCAGGAGAUCGUGGGCGCGGUGGCGGAGGCGGUUAUAGAGGCGGUGGAGAUCGUGGCGGGUACCAGGACCGUGGCGGUUUCAGAGGCGGCGAUCGUGAGUUUUUCAGAGGAGGGGACCGUGGUCGCGGCGCACGAGGUGGCUUCGGAGGGCCUCCCGCAGGAGUCUUCAACCCUACCCCAAACGCUCCCGCAGUCGUGGAUGCACGCCUUACAGACAACUCUCAGGAGCAGUUGAUUGCGUCUUUCCGCACGUUGAGGCUCCAGGACACGGACUUGCCCACUCGUCCAGGCUUCGGUACGCUUGGUAUUCCAAUCAAGCUACGCACGAACUUCUUUCCCGUCAAAGUCCCGAAAGGGCCUUUGUUCGAAUACGAUGUGUCGAUCGCCCCCGGCGUCACAAUCCGCCGAGUCAAGAGGAGGAUCUUCCAACUUGCAGAACAGCUUCCCGAUUGGAUCCAGGCGGGCAUGCAAGGCCGAGUUGCGCAUGAUUUCAGCAGCAAACUGAUCUCUAUCGCCAAGCUACCGCAGCCACUGACGAUGAAGAUUCUGUUCACUGACGAGGACGAAGAUGAGCAGCAAAACAGACCAUCCAAGGAGUAUACUCUCACGUUCAAGUAUAUACAAGACAUCGAGACUCAAAGUCUUGUCAGCUACCUCAAUGGUGACAAGCAGUAUCGGCAGUAUGAUAUCAUGCCCGUCAUUUCUGCGUUGAAUCUCGUUCUAGCUGCCCACCCCAACCGUUCCACGGGUGGAGGCGUUAUGGUCGGAAGGAACAAAUUCUUCCAUUUCUCCCAGCAAUUUCCUCCCUUUCCACUUGGGGGUGCCUUAGAGGCAUACCGAGGCUUCUAUUCCUCCGUUCGUCCAGCUCACAAGCAGUUGAUGGUCAAUGUCAACGUUUGCACGACUGCCUUCUACGUGCCCGGGAACUUGGCCGAGCGCAUGCAGGAGUUCGAAGCGGCUAGUUUUGGUGCUCGAGCGAGUGCUUUUGUCAGAGGUGUCAGGGUGAAAACGACUCAUCUGGGGUACACAAAGACUGUCAAAAAGUUAGCAACUGUCAAUGCGAAUCAGCAUCGUUUCAAUGCUGAAGGAUUUGGCGAAGUGACAGUAGCGCAGUACUUCCAGAAAAAGUACAGAAUAUCUUUGCGCUUCCCCAAUCUCCCCCUCGUGGACGUUGGCGGACAGAAGUCCAACCUGUUACCCUCUGAGUGCUGCGUGAUACUCGAGAAGCAGACCUUCCGAGGACGGCUCUCAGAUGACCACACGGCUGCAAUGAUUAGGAUCGCGUGCCAGCCUCCAAACGUCAAUGCCAGGGACAUCACUGGCCGCGGGCUGACCGAACUUGGCUUCGCAGCUGGCCCGGAUCCCCUCGCUGCCUUCGGGAUCAGCGUAGGCAGGGAGAUGGCAGUGGUACCGGGUCGCAUCCUCCCCUCUCCUACCAUACGCUACGGCGAGGGAACGCCCAGGAUCGACGAUCGUGCUAGCUGGAAUCUCCGCGAUGUCAAGUUCGCGUCAGGUGCUGUGCUAGACAAGUGGGCUGUUCUCCUCGUUCGAGAUGGUAACGGCGGAGACCAGUUCAACGGUCCCAACGAUCCGGAGUUGCAUAGGACCGUCGCUGGGUUCGCGGCAAUGUGCACCAAGUCGGGCAUGCGAGUUGAAGCUGUGCCGCCCCAUAUGUAUACUGCCGUGAAUCUCCCCCAGAAAGAUAGUUCAGACCCUGUCCGCGGACGUGCCGUUGGUGCCAUACGGGACACAUUGCGUGCUCUGAAGUCGAAGCCCAAGUUGAUUCUCGUCGUUUUGUCCAAUGGAGAUAGGAGCGUCUAUGCCGGGCUGAAGCAUCUCUGCGACGUGUACUUGGGCGUUGCGACGGUGUGCGUUCAUGCGGCCAAGAUUCGGAAGGAUCGGGGACAACCCCAAUACUUCGCUAACGUAGCUCUGAAGGUUAACAUGAAGAUGGGAGGCGUGAAUCAUGCGCUGGACCAGCGCAACUCCAACAUGGUCUGGCUCAGGCAGGCGCCCACCAUGCUCGUUGGGAUGGAUGUCACACAUCCUGGAUUCGGGACCGUCAAGGGUACACCCUCAAUUGCGGCUGUGGUUGCGAGCACCGAGAACAACUUCGGCCAAUUUCCCGCAAGUAUGCGCAUCCAAGAGUCGAAGAAAGAGAUGAUCACCGAUUUGGCAGGCAUGAUGAUAGAAAGGAUCGAAGCGUUUCAGAACAGUAACCGAAACGUUCUGCCAGAGCGAAUCGUUGUGUACCGUGACGGCGUUUCAGAGGGACAAUUCUCUAUCGUCGUCGACGAGGAGAUGCCGGAGAUCAAGAAGGCGUUCACAAAGUUCAGCACUCCUAAGAAGCAGUACACCCCUAAGUUGACAAUUGUAAUCUGCGGCAAACGGCACCACACCCGUUUCUUCCCAACGGAUGCUCAGAACGCUGCGGCUGAUGGAAACCCCAAGCCGGGCACCGUUGUUGACCGUGGUAUUACGGCGGUGUAUGAGUUUGAUUUUUUCCUUCAAGCUCAUGGAGGCCUGCAAGGUACUACAAAGCCGACUCACUACUACGUGGUGCACGACGAGAUCGGGUUCAGUGCAGAUCAAUUGCAAGGUCUGACGAACGAUGUCAGCUUCAUGUUCGCGCGUGCAACUAAGGCGGUCAGUCUCGUGUCCCCGGCAUACUACGCAGAUCUGGCAUGUGAGCGGGGUCGCUGCUACAUACAUUCGUUGUUGCAAGGAAUCUCUCCCAGCGGUACGACAGCUAGCAGCGGCACAGCCGAAGAGGAUGCGAUGCGGAAGGCGAGGAGCGAUUGGCAGAACGGAGUCCACAGUGUCUUGAAGGAGACGAUGUUCUAUAUUUGA